CCACGGCGCGUCGAGGGCCGAAAGCGAAUAGCCAGGCCAUGCCAGUGCAAGCUGGGAAGUACGAGUGGUCUUCAGGAGAGGAUGAGAGCGAGGAAAUCAAGGUCUUCGUGCCGAUUGAGGACAGUGUUAAGGCCAAAGACUGUGAUGUGAAGAUUACCAAAAAGGCGCUGAAGGUGGGUUUGAAAGGGCAAGAGCCGGUUAUUGAUGAUACGCUUUGGAAGGAGGUGGAUCCAGAUGAAUCCAAUUGGGAGUUGGAGAAGGAUAGCAAAGGAACGCGAUGCAUCGUGAUUUCCUUGCUGAAGAAGUCCAAGUGGGAUCGAUGGGAAUACCUGGUGAAGUGUGAGGAUGUGCCACCAGACACCAGCAUCACCAACAAGGUCUUUAUGGAUAUCUCCCUGGAUGGUGAGAAGCUUGGUCGAAUUCUUAUGGGCCUUUAUGGAAAGCAGGUGCCAAAGACAGCUGAGAAUUUCAGAGCCCUCUGCACUGGAGAGAAGGGCGAGGGCAAGGCCGGAAAGCCCUUGCACUAUAAGGGUAGCGGCUUCCACAGGAUUAUCCCGAAGUUCAUGUGUCAGGGUGGCGACUUCACAGCUGGCAAUGGAACUGGUGGAGAAUCCAUUUAUGGAGAGAAGUUUGCGGAUGAAAAUUUCAAGGUGAAACAUACCAAGCCUGGGCUCCUGUCCAUGGCGAAUGCUGGCCCGGGAACUAACGGCAGCCAGUUCUUCAUCACCGUCAAGGAGACGCCUCACUUGGACAUGAAACAUGUGGUCUUUGGGGAAGUCUUGGAGGGCUAUGAGGAGGUGGUCAAGAAGAUGGAAGCAGUGGGACAGUCCUCAGGUGAGACUUCAAAGAAGGCAGCUUUCUGCUGUGGAUCCCUGGAUUUCUCGGGGACACCAACUGGAUGGCUAGUUACGGCUAGUUUCAUAGAUCUUGAGAUGGAAAUAUGGAUGGAAAAUGAUGGACAUAUACAACAAGUAGCUGCUAAGUAG